AUGGGAAGAGUGAAGUCUACGAAUACUACGCACAAAAAUCUGUUACCCCUCAACAGGUGUAGAGGCUGUGAAGAUGGAUCCGAAUCGUUUUCAUCAAAUCUAUUCUGUCGGAAUUUGUCGCCUUGUUCUCAUCUUUCCCGUGCUCGUGACCUGUGACUUUUGAUGUCGCUAAAGCGGAAACGAGCACCCAGUCGUCCUCCGGAUGAAGCGUCUACGUCUGAAUCGCGAUCAAGAAAAGCUAAAACCGUCGCUAAAGAUAGCAUUGCCAUUCAGUUGAAAGUGGAAGAGAAUGGACGAAUUACUCCGCCUUCUUCUUCGAAUGGUGUAUCUGAAUGGAAAGACAGCCCGUAUGAUGAAAGGAAAGUGAAAAAGCAAGAACCUCUCGAAGAAAACAUGGAACUUGGUGAAGGGUCGAGCUCGGAUGUCUGCGCCAUUUGCCUUGCCCCGAAGACCGAUCCAACGGUACUCGACAAUUGUGCUCACUCGUUUUGUUACAAAUGUACCUCGCGAUGGAUGAAACAUGCUGGAAAGUGUCCUCUUUGCAUGAAAAAUGUUCAAAGAUUUUGGCAUCAUGUGGAUUUGUCACCUACCAAACGCUCUAUGGUUGUGGUUGCGGAGUUAAAAGCAGCGGCUGAAGCAGAACGUCUCGCGGAGCGAGGGCAGUCACAACCGCCUCUUGACGAACAAGAAUGCAUACGAUUACGGAUACGUCGCUUGCAAAGAAGGCUGGAUUACGUUCAGAAACAAAUGAACGGCAAUGCUCGAGUUGAUCGGUCUUCUGAUCUUUCGAGGACACAUGUUCGAAUAGUCAAUGAAAUUUCCAAACUAGAAAUGCUCAAAAGAGAUGUGACCACAAGGGGAGAUCUCGUUGGUAACAUUGUUUUCCGCUCACUAAUUUACAAAGAUAAACUCGAUUGGAGCUCUAUUGACCGCAAUGCAAUCAGAGUUCCCUUCUCACCUGCUGUUUUUAACGCUCAUUUUGAAGAUUCUACGGAAAGGCUGCGAAAUUUUUUGGAACGUGAACUACAGAUCGUCUGGCGUGCUAGAAAGCCAAACGAGUCCAGGGACGAAUAUGUCAAAGCCCGUAGCAGUGUUGUGAGCGAGAUCAUCAUUUGGUGUUCAGAGUUUCAGAUCAAUUCUCCGCAAUUUUCGCGCAAUCUUCGCCUCAUAGGGAUUUUUCCUGGCUACCUGGAUCGAUUCCAGUCAGAAUUGUUUGAGUUCGCGAGUAGCAUGCUUUCAUUACAAGAUUUCGACAGGACUAGUGCAUACAGCUCCCCUGAACUCAGGCAGGUGCUGCAUCGUAGGAAUCGUAGAGGCAACAACAGUCAAGAGGUUGUUAUGCUAAGCGACAGCGAUUCGGAUUCGGUUAUUGUUGCAUUAGAUGGUGGAAGAAAUCGCGAUCGCCACGAUGGAGAUGGAGAUGAUGUGAUCGUUCUUAGUGAUAACAAUUCUUCUGACAUACAACCUAUUAGGGUUCCCAGAGAAAGCAAUUACGUUCGGGAUGAAGCUACGUCGUCGAAUUCUGAAACGUCGAAUGCCGGAGAUUUCUACACUAGGCCAGCUUGUCGCCUUCCUCAGUUUCGCUUUCCUCGUCGCACAGUUCCAAUGCACGUAGUUGACGCCUUCGGCUCUUCUCGCGAUCUUUUUGAGCACCUCUUCACACCAUUUGCUUUAUCACAUAGUAGCCGUGAACAGUUCCUUCACGCACUGGACGUGCCCCAUACCCCGCCUGGAUUUGAUACGACGAUUGUUCUCUCCAGCGAUGAUGAAAACGAUAGAUCACCGACAAGACGUUCCCGUGACCGCCCAAGACAAGUAUCUCCCUCACGGCCAGUUGAAUACAGCUCCUCCAAUUCGUCCCAGGAUACUGUUGUACCAAAUGACAUUGACUGGCUAACACCAAUGGACCGCUCGCACGAAUCGGGAAGCUCUUCUCGACAUGAUUUGCAAGGUCUUUCAGCAGCUUCAAGCUCAUCGGGUAGUGUGCCGAUGCAGUCGUCUUCGAAUGCACUUCGCAAGCCGAAAUCUUUGUUCGGUUCUGAAUGCACAAAGAAGCUACCUCCUAGAACAUCGAGCGAAGUCAAAGCAGGCGAAAACAAGCUUCUGGCCGCUUUAUGGCAAGAAAGGCUGAAUCGUUGUGCAACAUCUGGAGGACCCUCGGCUGUUAGUUCAUCCAUGUCACCAACAAGGGAUGCUAAUGCAAAACAGGCGGAUGGGACCACUUCCACCGGGCCAGCAUCGUCUUUGGAAAACGAAGCAAGAGAGGAAGCUGACGGAUCUACUCUUGAGGAAGACAACAUCAGCGUGCCUCGUGCAACGCAGGGGCCUGCUAACAUUCCUGGAGACGAUGUCAGCAUAAUUGACGUUUCAUCAUCAUCUGUAAGAGCUGGAGAAAGAGAUGCGAUCCCUGUGGCUGAAUCUUCUAAUGAUCGGCCAAGCGAAAGAACUACUAGCCAUGGAAAAGGAGGGAAACACCACAAAAGUUGGAAGUCGAUUUUCAAGCGCUUCCGGAAAAAGCUUCAGCGUGAGAGGAAUCCUCGUAAACGCCAAAAGGCGUAUGACUUCCUUAUCGAAAUGAAACGAUUUGAGGAAGAUAGGCGCAGGGAGGAGUCAUCUCGUGGAAGAAAUAGGGAAAGGAGGCGGUUGACGUCUUACCAUUCGAGCAACAGCUCAUCAAAACGCAGUCACCACACCGACGAUGAAACUCGAAGGCGACGAUCGCGCUCUGCGGAUAUGUCACAUAGCUUUUGA